AUGGAUGCAGAUAGUUCUCCAGGACCUGACGGCUUUCCUGGUAGUUUCUACAGAUUUGCAUGGAAUAUUUUUGGCCAGGAUUUAAUAAAGGCAAUUCAAUAUUGUUGGAGGUGCAAGUUUAUUCCAAAAUGUAUGAACUCUAAUUUUCUAUUUCUUCUUCCUAAAGUUCAAGGUGCAAAGAAGGUAGAACAUUUUAGACCUAUAUGGCUUGAUAAUUUUAGCUUUAAGAUAUUAACAAGAAUUAUAACUUCAAGAAUUGGUAGAGUGAUUGGAAAGUUAGUAUCUUAUCAGCAGGGCGCAUUUAUUAAAGGCAGAAAUAUUCCGGAGAAAAUAGUCCUUGCAUCUGAGAUGGUUAAUGAACUGGAUGUAAAGAAAAGGGGAGGAAACAUUGGUUUGAAGUUGGAUAUAACUCAAAAUUAUGACUCAUUAAGCUGGGACUUUCUUUUCAAAACUUUAAGGCAUUUUGGUUUCUCUGAAGCGGGGAUUAAUUGGUUUAGAAUACUUUUUGAAUCAGCUAAAAUCUCAGUAUUAGUGAAUGGUGGUCCUUGUGGCUUCUUUUCAGUUGGAAGAGGACUUAGACAAGGUGACCCAUUGUCACCUAUUUUAUUUUUAAUUGCUGAGGAGGUGUUAAGCAUAAGUAUAUCUAAACAAAUUCAUGAUGGGAAGAUUGUACCAAUGGUGAACAGAAAUGGGUGUCAGCCUUCUCAUAUGCUGUUUGGAGAUGAUAUUUUUGUAUUCUGUAAUGGAAAAAGGAAAUCACUUGACAAUCUAAUGAAAUUGUUAACAAAUUAUCAGAAAGCAUCUGGCCAAGUAAUAAAUAAGGUAAAGAGUAAAUGUUUUGUGGGUGGAGUAAGUGAAACUAGAAGAAGAAGUAUAGCUGAUUUUUUGCAAAUGGAAUUAUCAGAAUUCCCUGACAAAUAUCUGGGUGUAAUUUUGAAUCCUGGAAGAGUUAAGAAUCAUCAAGUAUGGGUGAAGAAGCUCAUAACAGUAAAAUAUGAGAAGAUAUGUGCUCCAAUAACUGAAGGUGGAUUUGGACUAAGAAGAUUUGAAGUCAUCAACAAAGCACUUCUUAUGACGUUAUUAUGGAAAAUAAAGACUGAAGAUGAGGAGUGGAUACAAUUUAUGAAUGAUAAAUUCAAGGAUAAAAAUGGUAUAUGGAUAAAAUAUCAUAGGAAAUCUUCAAUUUGGCCUGGCCUGAAAUGGGUUAUGAAUGAAGUGCAAGAAGAUAGUAGAUGGAUAGUUGGAAAUGGGAAAGAGAUUUCAGUAUGGAGGGACAAAUGGAUCAAAGAGGAUGCACUGAAGGAGAUGCACCCUGAUAAUAUUUUCAUUUCUCGGUAUGAGGACAUGAAAGUCAGUGACUUAAUUUUAAAUGGGGAAUGGAGUAUACCUGUAGAGAUAUGGUUUUUCUUUUCAAAAGAGGAAAUACCAAUAAUUGGUGAGGGUGAAGACAAACUUAUAUGGAAUCCAGAUAUGACUGGAAAAUUUUCAGUAAAGAGUGCAGUGCACCUAAUCAGGAAAAAAUACCCUAAAGUUACUUGGGGAGCUUGUGCAACAGAGGAGAAUUACAGAAAAAAAGGUUUCUCAACUGUUUCAAAAUGUUAUCUGUGUGGCAAUGGACAAGAUACAAUGGAGCAUAUAUUGUGGUACUGUGAUUUUAGUGAAAAAAUAUGGCACUGGCUAGGAGGAAUUUUUAAGUUCUUGAAUCCUUGUAACUUCAUGGAUAUUUUGAAAUAUGUUCAGAAGGAGAGUAUUGUUGUGAAAGAAGUUUGGAAUAUAAUAUGUUAUGAAGAGGAGGUUGCAGAUGUAGUCAGCUUUAAGAUGAGGAUAACGCCGUUCACUAAAGAAAGUAGUGUGAGAAUGAAAGGGAAAUUCAGGGGGACUAUGUUAUGGCUUUUUGGGAGGAGUUGCAAUGGUGGAUAUCUAGGAGAAGUAGCAGGUGGUAUUGGUGUGGCUACAAAUUCCAUUGCUGAGGUAAUGGCUUUAAUAGGUGCUGCAGAAUGGGCUAUAAGAAGACAGUUCUUUAAUGUGUGUUUCAGCCUGGAUUCAAAGGCAGUUUUGCAGGAUUUUGGCUCAGAUAAAGUGGCAAAGAAGGGUGCAAGGCUGGAUAGAUGUGAAGUGAUUGAGUAUGUGGAGAAACCUUCAUUCUUGGGAGCUUUAGAAUGGGAAAAUCAAACUUAUUUCAGAUUCUGUUAA